GGAGAGGAGACAUGCACGCUGAGUGGUGACAGACAGGAAAAACAGAGACGCUGAGCGAGGCCUAAGAGGGACAGAGGGGUUUGUCGAACCCUGGGAAGCAGGGUGGUUUUGGAUUCUGUAACCCAUUCCCGACAGAAGACAACACUGAUCCGGGUGGAAGUAACGGACCUUAGCUCCAAGGACCAACCUCCAUGAUGUCCCGGAGGAGGUCUACAGGUGAUCUGGUGCCCAGGGACAUCACUGAGAUCUUAGCCCGGGAGGCGAGGGCUCAGCGUGGGCAGAGGAAGCCAGGAAGCUCCCUGGGACAGGCCUUCAGUUGGUUAAAGGGCAGCCGGAAGAAGAAGAGCAUUGGAAAUGGACUGAACCGAACUGGUACCAGUGUGACAGAUGCCAAACUGGGACAUCAGAACUAUGACCCUGCAAAAGCUGGCCCCAAAGGGAAUGAAGACCAGAAGAGGCUGACGGUGCACUUCACCACCUCGCAGCACUACCAGGAGAAUGUAUUCAUAGAGGGCAGCAGGCCUCAGUACCUGGAGGACCUGCACACUGAGGCUCAAGAGGGACUCAAGAUACUACAGCAGGAAGAACACAAGAAUGGAGUGAACUUUCUUGACAAUGAGAGCAUUGUUUCCACGGACACUCUGCGUCCGGAGCAGGAUACCAGCUCCAAGGACGAAGGUGGCUCUCCGGACUCGAAAUCCACCACUGGGAAUACUGAUAGCACAGUAACGUCUGCCGUGUCAACUAGGCCUGUGCUCACCCGCCAAGGUUCUACAUUCAAGCCUCUGAAUCCAGUCAAAAGGUUGGAUAAGAGCAGGAAAAGGAGCAGGAGGACCACCAUCAUGGGUAUUCCCAACCAGGUCCAGAAAGAACUCGCAUUGCACAGAAGCUCCACCUUCCAGCAGCUUGUAUCUACCCAGCUCCCUAAUCACAACGGACAGGUCACUGACAGCCAAUCAGGUGUUGUUAUAAUCCCUACGGUUGAUGGAGAGACUCCAGUGGCGAAUAAGGAGGGUGCGAGAGUACACCUUUCAGAGCUGGAGGCAUCCGGAGAUGAGCAGCGGCUGAGGAAGCACCUCCAGGCAGUCUACCAGGAUGAGCAGCUUGUCAGCCACCAGGGCUUUGGCUCCUAUCUCGGCCCUUCAUCCGUCCUGAGACCCAAGUCUGUCGCUGUACCUGGAAUGAUCACUUCUUCCUCCUUCUCUCCUUCCAUGUUUAGCUUCCUCCAGGAACCCCAGGGCCCAGUGAUGUCCAUCUCUCCUCAGGCCACCUACCUGUCAACAAUCAUCCCUAAUGCAGUGUUGCCAGCCGCAAUUGACGUCAUUGAGAUUGACCGCAGCAGCAGCCGCACACGUGGCAACAGUGUCAACCACAGCGGGAGUGUUCGCACAAUAAGCAAGAACAGCCUGGCAUCCUUGGACUCAUCAGUCAGUCCUUUGUUGUCCAGAAGAUCAGAUGGUGACGGUUCCCAGACUGACAAUUCCCACAGCAACUCCACGCCGAUGCCCACCUCAGUUUCAGGGUCAAACUGGAGCGAGUCAUCCAAGACUGUUAUUUCAAACUCUUCCCCUAUCUCCUCCAAAGGUAGCACACGCAGCUAUAAUUCACAAAAAAUGGGUCUCAGUGUGGAGGAAAGUCAGGUUGAACAGUCUGGUGGGGACCAAGACCUUGUCAGUGUCAGCAUAAUUAGCUGCCCCAGCAGUAAACAUGAAAAUAUAGUUACAGGAGAAGAUUUGGAGUGUGGUGCAUUAGGGUCUGCGGCUGCUGGGGAGGAUGCAAAGAACAAACGGAACUGCACUCGUAGUCUUUCAGUUAUGAAGACAAAGCAACCCCCAGCACCUCCACAAAGAACAAACUCUCUGCAUGGGAAUAAGAUCAGGGGCAACUUAAAGUUUCAAGUGGAGAGUAAAGGUCUCAACGGUUCUGCAUCUGGAGAGGUAGCAACUGCUACAGGAAAUAUUCUAACAAAGGAUGAGAUCAAAUCUGUAACUGCAAAUACUGGUAAGAUCCUAAACCUUGUAUCGAACUCUACUGGCACCAGCUCUCAAGGUGGAGGAACAGACCCUCAGCCAGAAUCAAGCACCUCCUCCCCCCAGAAAACUCCCUCAGAAGGUGGGAAAUUUGAACGGACCAUGUCCCCUUCCAGUGGCUACUCCAGUCAGAGUGGCACCCCAACACUUUCCCCAAAAGGGAUCUCCCCAACUUCCCCAGACAAACAGAAGAAGAAACCUGUUAAACCAGAGAGAUCUAUGUCGCGAGCCUCCUCCUCAGCAGCUUCUCCUUCCUCCUCGCUUACUUCUCUAUCGUCUGGUACGUCUGAGCCUGUCAAUCCAGAUGUUUCCACAAGUAGCCCUAGCUUUCCUCCCCAGGGAUCUCCGCCCACUGUUGCUGCAAAAGAACUUACACCAAAUAAGUCUUCAGCUUUGAGUGCAGAAGUCAAAGAGCUGUUGGACAUCCCACCACCUCCGAACGUCAAAGCACCAUGUCCUCCUCCUCCAGAGACGUGGGUUCACAACAGACGCACCUUUGAACUCCUGUGUGGACCUUGCCCUAAUGUUAGCAAAGUAGCUCAGAAACCAGCACAGGUACAGGACAGCACAGUUAAACAAGCAGGAACCCAGACUGAAGCCAGCAAGGAGUUGCAGGUUUUAGUUGAAAAAGAGACAACUACAAAAAAAGCUGUGUCAGAAUUGUCACGAAGCAAAGAAAAGGCUGAGACAUUGUUAGCAGCACUUCCUGAGGGUGUCCAUAAGGAUCUCGAGAGUAGGGAAUGUCCAGGUCCAAAACAAGAGGCGUUGUUACUCCAGGACAGGGAAGAGGCAAAUGCAGUUGUUCAGAGACAACAGCAGACUAGUAGUCCUGUCGUGAUGGACAAAGAGAGGCAAGGGACAACUCCAAAGAAAGAUCCCCCUCCUCUCAUGAAGAAGCCUCAGACAGUACUGCACAGAGAACCAAGUGUAUUGACAGAGCACUCAGUUGAGAAACAGCAAAAGGAAAGUUGUAGCAUUGCCACAAUAGAAGUUAAUUUACCAGUUGAGAACCCUACAACCUCUUCACAGAGUGGGGUUACGGUUUUAGUUGAUAAGUGCGAGGAUGAGGUGGACAUAAGUGAAGUCCCAUCCAUGCAGACACUUUCUGUAGAUGCCCCUAAAAUAAGUAAGACCUCGCCACCACCUACCCCUCCCCCUACCUACCAACCUACACCUCCUAUGUCAAGAAGGACACCUCCCUCAUCAGUAUCUGCUUCACCUGAUGAAUUACAGAGGGUACAGGAGGAAAUCCACGUCAUAGAGUCUUGCUGGCCACCUCCUCCGCCUCCUUUAGAAGGGGACUCAGUCUUUGAUGGGGGGGAUGAGAUAGACUUUCCUCCUCCACCUCCACCCUUCAUUGCCGACAAUGUGCCAGAUGUGACGAACAGUUGUACCCCAGAGAUGGUUGUUCCAAACACACCGACUGUGGUGCUAGAGGAAGUUAAAGAGGCAAUUAAGGACUCAAGUGAAGCUGAGAUACCUUUACAUGGACAAGAUUCAGACUUGCCUCCUUCUGUUACACAAACAGUAGUAAAAGAAAAUAAACCAGACGUUGUCAUGCAAGUUUCAAAAGCUAACGCUGAUGGGAGUUCUUGCAGUCCAUUGCAGACAUCAUCUGUUUCAGACAGUGUCCUCCCUCCACCAAUGGAAGGGCCUCCUUUACCAUCUACGACUAGAGCAGAGAGUCCAUCACCAGUCUGUGCUUUAGCAUCUCCUAGCAACUUCUUGAAGCCAGAAUCUCUGAAAGUUGAAGCUCAAUUUCCCUCUGAGCCUCCCGUCAGCGCCCAAGUUCCCCCUCCAAUUACUGUCCCAGCAGCACCUCAUCUACCAGUAGAGAACUUAACCCCUGGGGUUAAUUUCAGAAGGCAGCCCAGUGUAGCAAACAGAGACAACAGGAGCAAGGAGCUUCUUGCCCGCAACAAAAGUACACCCAUUCCUAAAGAGGAUGCAAACAUACCUCUUGUCACCCCCUCCUUACUUCAGAUGGUUCGCCUCAGAUCAGUCAACAUGGCUGAAGAUCAGGUGCAAGCUCCCUCAGAAGACAAGUCAACCAACGAGGGAGCUCCAGUUCAGGAACAAUGCCCAGUGUCAAGCCCAGGACCUCACAACACCCCACAAAAGCCCAUCCGCAAGUCCCUGUCUCUGAAAUCUCCACCUCAGACAGUUAAAGCAUCAUCUGUGACACUUAACACCCCUUCCAUGCGCCUACAAGAAGCCAUACGGAUGAAAACUGCAGCCAUGUCUUCAAGAGAUGGUUUCCCAUCCCGACUUGGUAUGAGAUCAUCCGCAUACAGCUAUGCCAGUGAACCAGGGGCUUUGCCCUUGAAAUCACCAGAAGGAUGUGACAUGCACAAGUCCCCAGCCUCUACUGCCAGCUUUAUCUUCUCCAGGAGCACAAAAAAGGUUGUCAUAGAGACUGCGGUUGCCUCUUCUCCUGAAGCUCAGGCAAGUCUGAAGCAAAGUUUGGCGGCUGAGCUCAUGCAGUUUUCUGACCAAUCAAAUACUGCUGCUUUCUCCAAUGGCAGUGUGAAGUCUGACAAACUUCCUCCACCAGUAGCCAAGAAACCAUCCCACAGCAGCAUCACUCCCUCUCAGAGUCUUCCUGCUUGUUCAACAAAGAUGGAUUUGAGUGUGGACGGAAAUGGAACGAUCGGAGCAGUACAACAUACAAGGGCAGUAACACCUCCUGAGACAACAACUACAAGAGUGACAGCGGACACAAUUGAAACACUGUUUUGAAAGACUUUGUGGUAAUUAACAAAGGAAAAGGCUCAUGCCAGAAGAAAGAGACCACAAGCAAGAAAAAGGACAACUCACUGCAAAGACUGAUAUUGAUUAAUGAGACUGAACUCAACUGUCUGAGUGUUGUGUGUUAUGUCUUCUCCAAAAGCCUUAGCCUGUAAUGGCCUUCCUAUAUAUUUAUGCAAAAAAACAAUGCGUAGCUCCCACUUUGUAAUGAUAGCUUUAUUCUGGAGUAUUUUUCUAAGCUAUAGUUUCUCUCUUAUUAAGGCCCCUCAGGAUGAAAUGGUGUACAUCAGCUGAAAUGUAAAUAUUUGGCUUGUAACAGAUCGCCUUCCAGAGGCUGAAUUAGGUAGUGGUCACUGCAGCUCAGAGAAAAAGGAUACGUCUUAGCAAAGCAUUUCUGUACAGAGAUUUAUUAUCCGUUAGGUCUUUUUUUCUCCCUAUUGUAAUAUAAUGCAUAAUUCUCAUGGGGACUAAUAAAGCUGUCAGCAAAUACUGACAAUGACAUCCACUACAGGACAAAUCAGCAUUUUAUCAC